UCACCGCAACCCCAGAAGAGCAGUGUUCAAGAUAUUCUUGGUUUGUUUGACUCUUCCCCUUCCCCGGCAUUGUCUGCCCCUGCUCCUUCCUCUACCACGUCCGCUUUUGCCACCUUCUCUCCACAACCACAGAGCCAGGCGCCUCCCCAACCCUCUCCACAACAACAGCAUCCACCUGCGCCACGGUUGACCUCUUAUACUGCCUAUGAUAAGCAGGAGCUCAAGAUUACCCUUACGCCUCAGACCUCAGCUGCGCGACCAGGUGUCGUCAACAUCAUGGCCCGCUUCCAAGUGUCCGGUUCGAACGCUGCUACCGGACUUAACUUCCAGGCUGCUGUUCCAAAGUCACAACAACUGCAGAUGCUCCCUAUGUCGAAUUCCGAUGUUCAACCAGGUACCACGGAAACUCAACAAAUGCGUGUGAUGGCACCACCUGGUUCCAAUAUACGGCUGCGGCUACGUAUAUCAUAUACCCUUGCUGGCCAAGCAGUUCAAGACCAGAUAGAUUUCUCGGGUUUCCCGCCAGGGUUAACAGGUAGUGGUUAGCUUGUGGUUAGGGUGUACGGUAUUCGCUAUCUAAGCUGUCGCGCACGUACUAGUGAU